AUGAGCAAUGAUCCACCUUCUAUAGCGGCAUUACCAGGCACGCACACUCUUGAUAAUGGUGCCAGCAAUAGUGACAAGGCUGCUGGGUCCAAUAACAACGGCGGUGACGGAUUACGAUUGCCUAGGACCACGGGGACUCUGAACGUCAAUGCCUUACAGAAUGACGGCAAUGCCGCCAGUGAAGUUGACGGAUAUAAAUCUAUGGAUCCUGCCAAAAUCGAGGACACAAGCCAGGACGACGACAAUGUAGUUGUUUCACUAGAUGAUCCCAUCCAAUUUACACGUGUAUCUUCCUCCUCUGUCAUCAGUGGUAUGUCAUCAUCGAUGAGUACACAUUCUCACAAAGAUGAAGCUAAAUCUCUGGAUCAAGUCACCCCAAAUGUGAAUACCAAUAACAUGACCUCGAACUAUUCUGCCGAUAACACAUUCUCCACCAUAAAUGCGUCCGAAUCAGACCACCAGUUUAAUGACACUCUCAUAUCAAAACUGUCGCUGACAGAUUCCACGGAAACUAUAGAAAACAAUACCACCUCAAGGCACCAGCCGAUGAUUGCAUCUUCCACUGCCAACUCGAAUAACAGUUCGACCGAUAUACGAAGAGCUACACCAGUAUCCACUCCCAUCAUUUCUAAACCAUCAUUGACGGCCACUCCAAGGCAAAUCAGUUCAGCUUCUCAUUCAUUUGCGGACCUUAAGCACAAGCAACAUAAACCAAAGGCCAAACCGUCCAAACCUGAAUUGAAAACUAAACUGACACCUGUGAAGAAUAAUUAUUCACCAAAGAAUACGUUGAAAAACCCAUCGCCUCCUAAAAAGCAGAUCGAAAAGCCAUACUAUUCUCUCUCUACAAAAAAAAGGAAAAGCGGCUCAAGCAGUGGCACACUAAGAAUGAAAGACGUUUUUUCGUCCUUCGUGCAGAAUAUUAAAAGGAACUCUCAAGAUGAUAAAAGAGCCUCCUCGUCAUCUAACAAUUCUUCCUCAUCAUCUACAACCACCUCAUUAAGAAUCUCUACCCCAUACAAUGCCAAGCAUAUACACCACGUAGGUGUAGAUUCUAAAACUGGUGAGUACACAGGGCUACCAGAAGAAUGGGAAAAACUGUUGACUUCUAGUGGUAUUUCCAAAAGAGAACAACAACAAAAUAUGCAAGCCGUCAUGGACAUUGUUAAGUUCUAUCAAGACGUCACGGAAACUAAUGGAGAAGAUAAAAUGUUCAAGACUUUCAACACCACUACAGGAUUGCCGGGGACUCCAUACGCUUCGUCGCCUUCUUCCAACACUGUCAAUAAAUUUCCUCCGCCAACAACCGAUUCUCAUAAUUAUAGUUCCAGGGGUGGCACUCCACUAACUAAUAAUGUCAUGUCUCCGAACUUGAAUACGGAAUCUGGGCCAUCGAACGCAAAAUUUAUUCCAAGUAGACCCGCUCCCAAGCCCCCUUCUGCUUCCACUUCAACUCCGAUAUUAAAAUCACCCGUCACAAAUCCAUCUUUCGCCAAUGUCUCUCCUUCACGACAAAAUCAUAUGCCCGCAACCCCUAGUAGAACCAGUACGACUAGAUCAUCAAUAUCAAGACAUGCUACUUUGAAAAAGGAAGAGCAACCUCUACCUCCAAUCCCUCCGACCAAAUCUAAAACAUCGCCACUCAUUUCAACACCUCCACCGCCCCCACAGGCGCCACCAUCGCCAUCUUCAUUGCCACAGAAACCAGCGAUAACACCCUCUACCAAACCGGUUCAAACAAGAAGCUUGUCUAAAGAACUAAAUGAGAAAAAGAGAGAAGAAAGAGAAAGACGUAAAAAACAAUUAUACGCCAAGUUAAACGAAAUCUGCUCCGAGGGUGACCCAAGUUUGAAGUACGCUAGUUUAGUGAAAAUCGGCCAAGGUGCCUCUGGUGGUGUUUACACCGCUUAUGAAAUAGGCACAAACGUCUCAGUGGCCAUCAAGCAAAUGAACUUGGAAAAGCAACCAAAGAAGGAAUUAAUCAUCAACGAAAUCCUCGUUAUGAAGGGUAGCAAACACCCCAACAUAGUUAAUUUCAUCGAUUCUUAUGUCUUAAAGGGCGAUCUUUGGGUUAUCAUGGAAUACAUGGAAGGUGGCUCAUUAACUGACGUGGUCACCCAUUGUAUCUUGACAGAGGGCCAAAUUGGUGCCGUUUGUAGAGAAACCUUAAGUGGGCUGAAAUUUCUACAUUCAAAGGGUGUUCUUCAUAGAGACAUCAAGUCUGACAACAUCUUAUUAUCCAUGGAAGGUGAUAUCAAAUUAACAGAUUUCGGAUUUUGCGCUCAGAUCAACGAACUGAACUUAAAAAGAACCACCAUGGUGGGAACACCGUAUUGGAUGGCACCGGAAGUGGUCUCUAGGAAAGAAUACGGCCCCAAAGUGGAUAUUUGGUCUUUGGGUAUUAUGAUAAUUGAAAUGAUUGAAGGCGAACCUCCUUAUCUAAACGAGACUCCCCUAAGAGCACUGUAUUUAAUUGCUACGAACGGUACACCCAAGUUAAAGGAACCAGAGAAUUUAUCGUCAUACUUGAAAAAAUUCCUUGAUUGGUGUUUAUGUGUGGAGCCCGAAGAAAGAGCGAGUGCUACAGAUUUACUUCAUGAUGAAUACAUUACCGAAAUAGCUGAAGCCAAUUCUUCUCUAGCACCGCUAGUCAAAUUGGCUCGAUUAAAAAAGCUAGCAGAAAACAUGGAUGCUGAUGAAGAUAAUGACGAUGAUGACAACAAUGAGCAUAACAAUAACGCAAACGAUUAUGACAACAAUAAUGAUAACAAAGAAAUUGUAAAUGUAAAUGUAACUGAAAAUGAUAAACAAAAGUAA